UUCCAGAGCCAUGCUUGACAGCGUUUGAUAAUCUAGCUAAAUUGUAAGUGGAACUUUCAACGAGUAGCAGCAGAAAUUAAAUACUAGUCGCGUGCUGAUGACGUCGGGGAAACUGUAUAAAACAGAGCCUCCUCGACGAAUCACGCCACUGGAAAAUUACAACGAGGCCACAAAAAGUCCCUUUACUAAUUUGCCAACAGCCACCAUUUUGGGAGUCAGAAUUGUAUUGGAAAACCACCACCCUUUGGGCCUUAUUAUGGUACACACGUGCGUGGUGGCUGGCUGUCGGAAUAGAAGAAUACCAGGCACAUCAUUGUCUUUUUACCGUUUCCCACGCGAUCCCGACAGAAAGCAGCGUUGGAUAGCUGCUGUGAACCGAGAAGGCUGGCUGCCAAAUGACGGGAGCAGGUUGUGUAGUACUCAUUUCAUCUCAGGUAAACAGGUGAAGAAUCCACGCUCGCCGGACUAUGUUCCCUCUGUAUUUACAUCAGCUCCCCUAUCCCCGGAGUCAGAAAUUAAGGAAGAGACUGCUGCCUUUGAAAUCUCAGACAAGCAGGAAGCCCAAGUGGAGGCUGCCAACGCCUUGCUCUUCCUGCAGGGCCAGGGCAGGUCUGUGGUCGACCAGAAGCCGAGCCAGGUGGACCAUGACGUGGCCCAGAGUGCAUCCUCAUCCUCUAGCAGUGACAAUGGUGAGGAAUCUGAACCCGUGUCAAGCGACAGCAAAGACAGGGGAGGGAAGCCCGGCAAAAGGUCAGCCGCAAAGCCCGACAACUAUGAGGAUGUGCUGAAGAUCUUGAAGAAGGAGAACCGGGCUCUCCGGGAGUCUGUGGAUAAAAUGUCACUCUCAGAGACCUCAUUCCGGAAUGACCCAGAGAAGGUCAGGUUUUACACUGGCUUGCCCAACUACUUUGUAUUUGAGACCGUCAUGUGGCUCCUCGCACCACACAUGAACGGGACCAAUAACAUGGUCAAACUCUCCAUGUUUCAGCAGCUGCUGCUGACACUAAUGCGUCUCCGGCUUGACCUCAAGAACCAGGACUUGGCCUACCGCUUCGGCGUGAAGGUUGGCACAGUGACCAGGACAGUGCUCAGAAUGGUUAACGUCAUGUCCACCACGCUGGUACCCACGGCUGUCUUCUGGCCCUCCAGGGCUGAGCUCCGCAAGAACCUCCCGGCAGCUCUCCACUCGACGUACCCUGACUGUGCCGUGAUCAUAGACUGCUUCAGGGUGACCCUGGAGAAACCCGGGUCAGAAGUAAACUUGUUGUGUCAGGGGGCGUCAGCAGGGAGCAACACUCUGAAAUACAUGAUAGGCAUGGCCCCGCAGGGCGUGGUCACUUUCGUCUCCAGGGGGUCGCCGGGGAGUGUCAGCGACAAGAGCCUGGCAGAGGGGUGUGGCUUCCUGGGCAAGCUCCUUCCAGGAGACGUGGUCCUGGCCGAUAAGGAUUUGGACAUUGGUGAGUCGGUGGCGGCUCAUGGUGCCCUGCUGAAAAUCACUGGCUGCGAUGGCGGAGAGGGGUCUGAAGGUAGUGAAGGUGUCUCGCUAACAGACAUUUCCCCAGAGAGGCUGAGUGUGCGGAGGCAUGUGGAGAGGGUUGUGUCCAUGGUGAAACUAAGGUACUCCAUGCUGACUGGCCCAGUGGAGGUCCCCUUCACGGCCGCUGAGCGGUCAUCCAACAUUUUCACUUUUGAUAAGAUUGUGCAGGUUGCCUGUGCCUUAAACAACCUGUGUAUAUCUGCUGCACCCCUAGAGUGACUCAUACUAGUGCUGCUCCAUACGAGCAUUGAUAGCCACUUUAAUGCUUGAACACUUAAAGAAUCUAUAUUUUGGAUGUAAAUGGCAUGUUGAGAAGUGCCCAGACACAUUUCUUGCAAAACUUACCCCAACCAGCGAUAGAUGUUCUCAUGCUCAUUCUGCAGUGCCAGUGCGUGAAAAGAAAACAUGAACAAAAGCCCCAAAAUCACCCAAAUAUGUCCUUUUACUUGUUUUGUAAUUUAUGUACUUCAGAACUUUAUCCGCAACGUUUAAUUCCUUUUUGUACGGCACGAGAGAUACUUCUGUGUGUGCAUGUGAUGGCUAACAUGGAGCAGCCAGGUGGAUAGGUUUACCACAUCCUAUGGAAUACAACGUUGUGGUUAAAGUUUGAAAUGACACAAUUGCAUGUGUACAACAUCUAAAGACCUGCAUCUGAAUGCAUUUGUUGCUUUUAUCCACACACUGGCACUGCAGAACGAAUAUGAGGUAGGUUAUCACUGGUUGGGGUAAGGUCCUCAAAAACAAGUGUCUGGGCAUUUGGUCAUAUGCAUCCAAAAUAUAGAUUUAGUUUAAAAAAACUUUUUCUUCAAACAUCCUAGCUCCAUUCUACAAUUCCACUCGUAGAUGCUGGAGAGGGGAACUUUUUAUUUGUAUUUUCUCAACAGAUAACUUUCAGAGGGAUAUUUGACGGAUCCAUUUAUCACAAUAUUUUCACUGUAUUACUAUUUUUGCCCCUCUGGAUGUAACUGAGUGAGAAUUUGAAUUACUGAGCACAUCAGCAUUUUUUAAAUGUGGAUAUAUUUCAAAGGACAUUCCAACAGUUCCAAGUAUUCUAUGAUUGAAUGUACAUUGUGGUUUUCGACCAUUACUUGGUUCUCAGAGACAUUUGCGUUACUUACAAUGGAUCAAACAGUAGCCUACCGUUUUCCUCAGGUGUUAGUGCUUUAGUUUGAAAUGCUGGUACUGCUGUAACAAAACAGAUGUUUUUACGUGACACAAUGCCUUCCAUUUCAUAUGAAUAACCACGUUUCCAUCCACAGAUUUUAUGCGAGUAAAAUCAUACUGUCUAAAAAAAUUCAUGACAGUUUUGAUGGAACGGGAAGUUUCGGUACAAUUUUAUAAAUGCUGACAGAUAAUUUGUUAGUUCGACAUGGUGGGAUCUUUUAGUGUCGGUAAAAUGAAUUAUGUGAGAAAUGGCGGCGAAAACGCCUUUGUGCUCAAAUAUUGAUAUAAUAAACAUCAAAUUGAAGUAAAUUUGGAGUCACGUGAUGAUAUGGUUUGUGGUCCUCCCACUAUGAUUCGGGAAACGAUGCCGUUUAUUAGGCUACAGAUUAAAUCAAUUAUGAACUUCACAGGGUAGUGGAAGUGCACUGUGAUCUUGAUGCUCCUUUCCAAUAAAUAUCGAGUCUUAUUCUGGUGACAUGAUAGCCGAGGCUUGACAAAUAUAUUUUUCCUGCUCUUAUCCUUAAUAAUCUCAUCACAGCCUACCCACACUUGAUCUGCGAGCUGUUGUCUAGAGCGCACGUGUCAAAGGCCAGAAUAGGCACAUUUGCUAUUUAAAGCCACAGUUUUUGUGACACAAUUUUUGCCAGAGUUGACAAUGCGAUGGAAACAUUGAACUUUAGAUUUGUAUUCAGUACAUGAAAACAUAAGCGAAAAAUUACAUUUUGUGUGUACAUCACGCACUGAUUUUUAUCCGAAAAAGUACAUUUGGUGGGAAAAUGUGUAUAUUUUAGUUAUGCAGAUUCUAGAGUUAUUCGUAUGAAAAUAUGUCGCCAAUUGGAUAGAAAUAUAGAUAAUGUCAACUGUCCUCAAAAAGCACUGUAAUGUAGGCUAAGACUUUGUCACUUAUGUUGUGGUUUAUGCAUUCUCUGAGCAUGAGUUAAGUGUGUUUCUUAUUUUUUCACGUCUAGUUUGUUCAUGUUAAUAGUGCUGACGAAUGUCAGUCUGCAAGGACAGUCUGUGUAUGGUCUUUGGUUCUGUUGAUUGAGAGGUGCUGGGAAUUUAAUGGUGCAGUUUAGGUACCUCUUUGUAGAAUCUGAGAGUUAAAUACUUUUCCACUUGUCUCUAACAUGUAGGCUCAGCAUUCCCGAACAGUCCCAUUACAUCAGAAUGUUGAAUUUUUUUAACUUACAUUUACUUUACGUGUGUCUAAGGUAAUCUGAUACAAAAUCCAGAGGGAAGUGUUAUAAACCCGACAUUCAGUACGCUGGUCUGUAUAUCGGUUGAAUUUUUAAUACCGAUGCAAUUCGCAUGUGACAAACGUUUGGACAAUAUGGUGGCGAACACUUACCGCAGAUUGCGAAGAAACGUGCUUCGGACUCCUACAUUUGGUUACAUUAGGCUAUUGUUUACAUAUUGUGCAUCACAUGCAAUUGCGUCAAGAGAGAGAUUAUUUUUUUUUAAAUCGCGUAAACAACACUACUGUGGAUACCCCUCCGACUCCCAAAAUACGCUAAAACGGAUGCGCGCACAUACACCACCUCAUUGCGGAGUCCUACUAGGAAGACUACAUUUACGUUCAAGAGGACUGCCAUGAGCAUGAUGCUUCCCAUUUGCCUAUAAAGUAGCUAUUUUGUUUGAAUAUAGAAGGUGAUGUGUAGGAACUUGAAUAUUUGAGUGAUAUUUCUGCUGUGUGCAUCCUUGGGAUGAUGCGGCGCACUCUACGCUGAUAAACCUAUUCUUUGCCAUGUUUACAGCCCUAUUCGGACGGGUAUUACUAGAGACGUUGGUUUUGUAAUUAUCCAAGCAUGUGCAUUAUUCCAGAGAACGAUUCACACAGGAUUAGUUUUUCCAAAUUGUCCCCUGUAAUUCUUAAUUUUUUCCAAAGCCAGUAGGUUUUUAUUGUAGGCGAGAAUGUCAACGUGAUAGAUAUGCGACACGUGAUUGGCUGCCAAAUGUAUAGGUCUCCCCAUAAAUCUACAUGGAUUUUCUGUCUGUUGCAUGUAGAAUAGUUUAUCUACUAAUUGAUAUCCCCUACUAUAAUGAACAUGCGCAAGCCAAGAAAUUGCGAAAUACAGCAUUGCGAUAGCCUAAAUCGUUUGAUUACGGAUCUGACGGUUUGCCUAUUGGCCGAGAUGUCUGGCUGUGCACCUCCACCAUUCGCACUCAUGCUAGCUCGCUCUUUCUUUAUUUUCUGUGAAAGAUGCGAGAGUUUGUUCUCGAAAUAAGACUACGGAAAAUAGUUUCCCCCGUUGCAAAAAUACUGAAUCUUGAGUCGAUUUCGAAGCUUGACACACAAAAAUGGGAGUCGACUCCCUACCUAGGUGUCAGAGACAUGCUAUAGCACAACAUGCCUUCUUCUCAUUGCUUAAAUGCACAUUUCAUUGUUUUGCUUACAUUGUGUAUUAUAAUAAGCUGAUGUGCUUUUCUUCACGAUGACGGGAUACUAUAUAAUGUUGUUGUGUCUAUAACCAUGUUUGCCAGUGACAGUCUCUUCCCAAUUCAAAUAUUUUUUUAAACAAAAAGUUCAGUAACAGACCCAUGGAUGCGCACAGCAUAGGCAUGUAUUUAAUGUGCUAUUCAUGCAUUAAAGCUCUGACGCACUGGUAGGAUUGUCAACCGUUUGCCUGCGGACAGUAUUUAGCACCUCAGAAUGGUGUCAGCAGUCAAUCUCUUUUUUGUGUUCACACAGCAAAGACCUUGAAAGUUGUCAGCCACUCAAUCAUAUUAAAAUACUCCAAACCAGAAGUUGGCGAUGCUUAUCCGUGCAUAUUGCUUAUGGUCUCGCUAUCUGCGCUAAUGUUGCUAAUUUGUAGAAAGCCCUUGUUGAUACUAGCUAGAUGACGAAAACACAAUUUAUUUCCCUCUCCAUAAUCCCGUAGCCAAAUUGUUUUGCUAGUUAACCUUGGCAUAUUCACCAGCUAGCACAACGAGCUAGCUAGCUAAGGACGCUGGACUAACUAACUCUGCAGUUAAUUCAAUCACAAUUGAUUAGCUAUGUCAAUACUAGUUAGUGGUUAGCUAUCUUGGAAGUAUUUAGUGUUGUGUGCAUUUGGUUAGCUAGCUACGCUACAUUCCCAUAGCCUACAUUGCAUAUGAAGUGUGACUGGCUUGUCCAUGGAUGUAAGGAGAAAAUGCCCUAUUUCACCCCCCUUUUUGGCUCGCACACUUGGGGGUUCAUGCUCUCUACUUGGCUCAAAGUGAAGUUGUUGGCCACUGACAAGCUUAUCUAUUCUACAAGUACAAUCAUUAGACCGGGUCGUCAUGCAGCAGGUACAGCUUUUCUGUAAACAUAAAGAACGACAUCCUACUGUUAUGUGUACCGAUCGGCAGUGAGAUUCUCGGUAUUUCAUUCUUUACAAUUCAUUUCAAAAGAUGAAUUUGUUGCACUACUCUUGAUUGUUAUUUACCUGUGCAAUGUUCUUGUGUAUGAAAAGCAUGUAAGACCCAUAGCCUGCCCUAUUCCAUGAUGCAAAUGAUUAUCAGCCUCCUUUUGAUGUCAAGGGUUAUUUGUUGUUCAUUAUUUGCCUAUGAAUAUAAACCAAAUAUUAAUAUCUUGA